CCUGCAGCAAGCGGGUGGCUGGCAGAAUACACACCGGAGGAGGCGUCAAUCCCGACCGCUGCUCGGCCGGCAUGGGCGCCGUUAGUGGCACCGUCGGAGCCGCCGGGGGCACCGCUUCAGAAUCGUCCAUGCAGAAGCGCUGCGUCCGUCCGGCCGCCCUCCUCCCUGCCUGCCUCCCUCCGCCCGGCGCGGCUGUGGGCGUUGUUUCGGAGCGCAACGUGGGGGCUGUCAUUUCGGUGCCACAUUGGCAGGAGCCAGAAACAGCCCCUCGGCUGCAGCUACCGGCACUUGUGCAGCCACUGCCGCUAUUGAGAUUACGUGAAUGCGCCCGAUUAUAUACGUUUUUUUUUUUUUUUUUUUUUUUUGCUGAUUUCUUCGUCGGCGCCUCUCCAGCCGGUGCCUCUGUGUCACCUGUCUGUACUUAGAUAAGCGCAUCCGUUCAGGAAAUCCGCUGGAGAGCAGAAGAUGACAUUUGGAAGAAUUUAUAUAUCAACGACGACCUGUCAUUAGGUAUUUGCCGUUUUAUAUUACAGAGCUGUGACCGAUUCUUACGUGCUGCAUUGAACUAUGUUUCAUCUGGAGAGCAAAAAUCGACAAUUUUGCCUGACGCCUUUGCUUAACUUGUUAGACUGUUUCAUAAACAUAUUUUUUAAAUUAGUAUUUUUCCAGUGAUUAAAGUAUUCUAGUUGAAAUAGUUGCGCUUUCUUUAUUUCUAUAAAAGAUAUUUUGUACGGAAGAAUUUCUGGACUCAUUUUAUACAUUAGUUGUGUUUAUUUUGCUGGUCUGUGCUUCACUAAAUAAGGUUAUUACAAUUUAUUCCGUUGGUCUCCCCUACCGGCUUUCUAAGAAAUAGGAGAAUAACAAGUCUUCACUUAAGAGGUGCCGAUGCACCUCCUCCAAUGGGGACUUCUGAAGGAUCUGGACACUGAAGUCAUUACAGGUUGCGAGAGGUUCAUUUUAAGAAAAAAAGGAAGAGUACCACAGCCGCUACAGCCCCGACAACCGUGGAAAAAAAGUUGAAGAUCAUGCAAUUUCUUGCUGAAGUCGAUUGGAGUCUUGUGUCGGGAGGCAGCGAAGCAGGCAGGCGGGGGCAUCUGUAAUUCGCGCCCAGUUUUAUUGUUUUGAUUAUUUUUUUUUAUAAAUCCCCGUACCCUGGAAUGAAGCACAGCGACAAUGUGUGACAGAGGUGUCCAGAUACUGAUUACCACGGUGGGCGCAUUCGCCGCUUUCAGCCUAAUGACAAUAGCGGUGGGCACAGACUACUGGUUAUAUUCCAGGGGCGUGUGUCGGAUUAAAGCGCCGGGCGACAACGAGACCAACCGGAAGAAUGAAGAAGUGUUGACCCACUCGGGGCUGUGGAGGACCUGCUGCCUGGAAGGAGCGUUCCGAGGCAUCUGUAAGAGGAUCGACCACUUUCCGGAGGAUGUCGAAUUUGACAGGGCGGAUUACAUACUGCGUGCCCUGCGGGCUUCCAGCAUCUUCCCCAUCAUGAGUGUGGGCCUCCUCUUCAUGGGUGGCCUAUGCGUGGCCCUCAGCGAGUUCUACCGGAACCGGCACAACGUUAUCCUCAGCGGUGGCAUCUUCUUCGUGUCUGCCGGGCUCAGCAACAUCAUCGGGAUCAUCGUGUACAUUUCGGCCAACUCGGGGGACCCCAGCCAGAGCGACUCGAAGAAGACCUACUCCUACGGUUGGAGCUUUUACUUCGGCGCGCUCUCCUUCAUCGUGGCGGAGACCGUGGGCGUGCUGGCCGUGCACCUGUUCAUCGAACGGCACCGGCAGCUGCGCGCUCAGUCGCGCGCUGAGCUUCUAAAGAAGCCACCCUCUGGGCAGUCGGGGGGCCGCCACCGACGCCGCUUCCGCCGCCGGUCCAGCUGCCGCUCGGCGGAGCCUGGCUCCCGCGAUGCCUCCCCCGCACGGGGCUACGCCGGGCCGGCCGACGCCGACAUCUCCAUGUACACGCUGCCCCGGGAACCCGGCAAGGCCGACGCGGACAGGGAGUUCCUACAGGCCCACGGCACAGGCCAGAAGGACUACCAGGACACCCUGCAGCGAGAAAACCGCCGGACCACCCCUGUGUGA